AAAACAUUUACUUAGCACACCGGGCAAAUCGAACAGUGAAAUAGUUGUAAAGUUGUCCACUCGAUAACAAACCACCUGUUGUAGACACAUACCUAUCGUAACUAUGGCUGCGGAAGCCUAAACAACGUUAACAUGACGACGGUUGUUUUUUCGCACUCGCCCCGACAUCUAUGACGCUCGAGGAAAGAUGGAUUUUGAGGAGAAUAUCAUUAAACGACAAAAUUCCAGCGAAUAUUUCGAUACGGUAAUCGGCCACAUUGAGGACAUCGUGAUUGGGGAAGAGUUUCAGCAGCAUAUGGUGAACCAGUUCAUGGAGUGCUAUUACUACGAGUUCGAACCGGGCGAGGAAAACAAAAUCGUCUACACCGAGAUCUACCAAAAGUAUACGAACAUGAUUGAGGCGCACAUCGUCGAGCAUCUGAACCGGAAGAUGGCCUGCUUCGACAUGGAUCUGUUUGCGAUGGAGCUGGAAAACAAGAAAACACAGUUGGACGGAGAAAUCUUCGAGCUGCUGUACACGCUAACCGACUUUCUGGCCUUCAAGGACAUGGUGCUGGACUACAAGGCGUUCAAGGAAGGUGCAUAUGACGAUCUGAACAAAGGCAUCAGUGUUACCGGGCUGCAGAAGUAGGCUCUGUGUUUUUUUUCUGGCAUACUAUGCCCAAGAGGUACUUACUGUUGAUACGCAUCGUUCGUUUCGCAACGUGUUUUCGCAUUUAUUGUAUUAAUUGUUUGAACAUUAAGCUUAAAAAUGUAAGCCACCGGCACCCGUUGCCGUCCUCAGUGCAUGAGGAUUUCCGUU